AUGAUAGGGAUUGUAUAUGAAAAGGCUCCAAUGAUAAGCUAAAUAAAAUAACAGACAUUAACAACUUAGUUGAAAUAGUGGUAAAAAGUAUCUAUUUAUAGUUAUAGAAAAUUAUUUGAUAUUUAAAAAUAGAAGGAGUUGAAUUAGGAUUAUUUGAAAUCGAAAUAACCACAAUGA